CCCUCCUCCUAUGGUCCUCCCGGAGUAGGGGUGCGCGGCUCCUCGUCCCGCCCCUGCCUCUGAGUGACAGCAGCGUGGACAGCUGCUCACCCGGCCGGACCCGCAGUUGGGCCGCCCUCGCUGUGCUCCGCUGAGAUUCCAUGUCUAAAACCAGUAAAGAUAGUGGAUAGCCCUAUCUCAUUCCUAAUUUCAAUGGAUGGCUUCAAGUUUUUCUCCACUGAAGACAACAUUUGCUCAGAUAUUUUGGAGAUCAAAGAUGGGUAGAAAAGACUCUUCCACUACAAAACUUCCUGUCGAUCAGUACAGAAAGCAAAUUGGUAAACAGGAUUAUAAAAAAACCAAACCUAUUUUACGAGCAACCAAAUUAAAAGCAGAAGCAAAGAAAACAGCACUAGGCAUGAAGGAAGUCGGCCUCAUGCUUGCAGCAAUCCUGGCCCUCCUACUGGCUUUCUAUGCUUUCUUUUAUCUCCGGCUGUCCACAAAUAGUGACUCUGAUCUGGACCCAGAUGAAGAUUAGCAGAACAACAAUCAAUAAAGGAAAGGAAAUAAUUCUGAUAAGAGCAUCCUUGGGGACAAAUACUUUGCCAGUUUCCCAAACUAGAAAAUUUUGAAUAUUUUCUUCUUGGUACUGUCAGUUUGCAGAAAUAUCUUUGUACCUAGUGGCAUAAGAUAUCUGGAGAACUUACCUAGCAAUCUAGAGUCACACAUGUUACUCAAUACUUUGUAAAUCUUUCUGCUCUGGCAGAUCCUCUAUUCAUGAUAUAGUUGGAUAACACAGUUUUCAAAUGUCUUCCCAAUUUACAUGUAUAACUCAACCAGUUACACAUAACUAAGUCUAUUUUAUCUUAUGUAUAUUGUAAGAAAAGUGUCCAUUGUCAUUUGCAGAAGCAUACUCAAAAUUAUAUUCAGAACCGAAGAAUGAACAGAAAGUCAUGGGAAAUUUUUAUUUUACAAAGAAGUGUGCUUUCUUCCCAGACAUAUUUUAUAUCAUUAGGGAGACUCUCUGCACAUACAUCCGCAGGAGUCUUUUCCUUCCUUGCCAACUGUUAGUGCACAUGUGCUGCGUCACAAAUGGCACCUGGAUGGCAGAAGCUCAAAGAGUCACAUAUGUCCCUAAGAUCGACUUCCUUUCCUCCUGGGCUGCCUGAACUGGUGUAAAUAGAAAGUUCAGUUAAUCUUGAUUUUAAUUAACUUAUUACUCCAUUAAUAUAACACUGGAAUUCUAUAUUAAUUAUGUUGUUCUGACUGCCUGCAGUAUCAGUUUGCCCCUCUUGUUAGGGAGCUAUGUAACAAUCUGCCAUUUAAUUGCACAGGUUUCUCACACUACAGAAUUAGCAGGGGUGUACCUACACAGAAUCAUUUUAUUGGGAUGUCUCUUAAAUCUAAGCAUUACAAAGGCAUUUUUUUAAACUUACAUUUUGUCUCUUUAGAAUUAAUUCCUACGCUGUAAAGAAAAAUAAAUAAUAGAAAAAUAUAUAUCACAUGUUACUUUCAUCUGUACUUUUCUGUAAAAUUUGUCAAUAUAUUUUGUGUUAUAGCAUAAAGACUAUUCAAUACUUUUUUGGCAAUCAGAGUUUUAAUAGAAUUCUAAAACACAUGAACACAUAAAGCUUAGAAAGUUCUGCGGUAUACACACACACACAUAUAUCCAGAGAAUUGAUAUUCACUCCCAUCUGAUAUAAAGAUGUAUAGAAAAUGGCUAUCUUGAAAUAUAUGCAGAGUUUGGGAGUGUAUGUUGACUUUCUGAAAAACAAAUACAAUUCUAGGAACAUUUCCUUACUUGCCAAGAGACAGCAGCUCUAAUCACUACUCUAGGAGUUCAUCUGGUUUAUAGCACAGGUUCUAAAAGAACAGAUAUUCUUUGGUUCUUUUGAGGAUGCCAGUGUAGCAUUUGUUCUGUCGAGUCUUUGAAGUAGCGUAAUUCAUUUCAUCCAUGUUAACAGCCAAAGGUCCCAGGAUCCUCACAGAUUAUUUUUGCCAAACAUCUGAGGGCAAAAUGUAGCCAGUGUUCUUUGCUGGAUACUUCCUCUUGAAUUCCCAGACUCACGAGACAGAGGAAGAGUUUUGUAUACUCAUCACAGAGGACCCAUCCAAGUGGCAUUUGUAGGAAAGGUUGCAGCAUUUUAUGCCAUGUGGUAUAUCUGUUCGCAAAGUGGGAGGCAAGGGAAUAUCCAAGCUGGCAUUUUGGAUUUGAUGGGCCUUUUACUUUCCUGAGUGACAUGCCACAUGUCAAGAAAUACUGCUUUCUUCCAGUCUCAUCACAUUUACGUGAGCAAUUUUCAUUUAGUUAUUUCCCUCCCAUAUGGUGUUAAAAACAGUCAUUUCCAAUAAAGCUUAUUUCUUGUUUUCAGUGUAAUUGAAGUGAGAGAAUAUGUAAUAAUUGCUUAUCAGAUACCUGUCCAGGUUAGAUAGUAGCACAGUUCACAGUAUUCAAAAAUAGAUGUGCGCCUCCUGGAAAUGUUUGACAAGGGGCUGUUCUGACAAAACUUCACCAUUCUGUUCUAUUCAUGAGAUGUGCUUUGGAGAGAAAAUGUUGUUUCUAUAAUAAUAAAUAUCAGUUGAAAUGUACUGUAAUAAUAAGCAAGUUUCACCACCUGAA